GUGCAGAGGCUCGUCAUUCUGCAGUUUCAGCCAAUGGCGUCAUCCCAUUCUGAAGCAGUCUCGCGGUAUAGACCAAUGACAUGGCUCAAUGACCACAACGGCUUUGCACAGCCCACGCGGCCGUGCAAGCAGCGGCAAGGCAACAACAAAUGAGAGAAGCGCUGAUGCCAGCUACAGUAGUACACUUGCGAGUGCCAGUGCGAGCCAGUUUCGAAAUUCCCCCGUGCUUACUUUUCCCUUACAGUCCAAAUCAAUCCUCAUUCUCUUUGCCUCUGUUUUUUGGUUUGUUGGGUAGUCGUCCUCCUGCCCACUAUCACUAGGCCAACGUGUGUGUACGACGCUUCUCCAGUACUGUAUCUGAUUCAAGUCACCAACACCAACGUCUUGUCUUGGUGCUUUUCGCCGCCGAGAUGCCCUUCCCAGUGCCAGAAAAUCUCGACUCGGCUCGUGAUUCGGACUCGGAAUCUUUGAGUGAUGAAUUGUCGCCGUCCAAUGGGUACUUCAAUGAAGGGGAAAGAGUGCCAAACUCCAUAGGGCAAGACCCCACAAUGGAUGACGAUAAAAAGCCAGAGGCAAAGACGUUGAUACCUAUGCCAAACCUCCAGGCAACACCAUCAAGACCUCUCAACGCUGCGAGCCAUCCGGCUAUUGCACAGUCUUCGUCGUCACGAAGCAACGCGGCAGCCCAUAGUGAGACUGGGUUGAUUCCAGAACUCACUGGACAUUCUCCUAUAUCUCCAAACUACCCACCAGUCGAUGCAAUGACUUAUGGUCACGCUCGCAGUAUGAGUGGUCCUCCUCCAGCAUAUACACCUAGCCCUGCUCCAUCCACCAGGUACACACCCAGUACUUCCUCAUCAGGUCUCUUUGAGGAACCUCAACCUCAAUCUCAACCACCAUCCCAACCCCAAUCUCCUUGGAGAUAUAGCACAUUUUCGGAACAACCACUCCUUGAGACUGGCGAGAGGGGCUUGCUUCACCCACGAACCGAACCGGAAAGCAUGGGAGGUCCUGUGGAUGAUCUUCUUGAUGAGACAACACCACUUUCCGAUAAAUACCGACACUACCGUCGACUGAAACUUCUUAAAACGAUCAUCUUUUCAGCUGUUGCUUUUGCUGUAGUAUUUGCAGUAUCUACGACCAUGUUUCAUGUAUCAAUAGAUGUAAGUAUGAUGAAUUUUGGCACUACUUGUCUUGUACUUUAUUCUACCUUGACAACCUCACAGAACCUUCAUUGCGAUAUGCCCCGCCCUGAUCAUUUCUAGAGCUAAUUACUGUUCGCUCACUAGAAACCAUUCAAGCAGCUUCCUGUAACAGAAAGACCUAUAGACGUCAGCGAGCCUUACUGUCCAUCAGCCACGAUCCGAGUUGACCCAGUGACAUACGAGUUCCCACUCGAUACAGAUUUAACAGUCACGCAAACGAUCCAUGACACUGAUGCAUUACGCCGAAUGUCUACAGUGCAAACAUCCGGAGAAAUUCGUCUGAGAAAAUUAGAUCCUAACUCUCAACAUGGAAACCGACCUCAUUUUACGGUGGACGUCCAUGUCAGUGAUCCAGGAUUGGAUGUAAUCCGAAAUUGGGAUGAAGGAACUCGAACGCUCCAGAUCAGUACUCCAAAGUUCGCCCGGAUCUCCACGCCUGGGAACCCGUGUGUUUCUGUUGAAGUUACCGCAUGGAUUCCUGAGGGUGCUGAGUUCACGAAUCUUCUUAUCGAGGGUAUUACUCUUACAUUAAGAGUCCUUGAUGAUGUCAAAGUCAAAGUCUCUGGUCGUUCAAAAUUUGCGACCAUUACGGGCGACGUUUGGUUUCCUUUACUUGAAGAUUUCAGCUUAGCUCCAUCGGAUAAAGUGGCACGAUCUCAGCUUCCAGUUGAGAUUCCAUUUGAAGAGAGCCCAGUUCAUGCAAAUCAAAGCCGCGACUCAUUGGCUAGUCUUUCUCUUCCAGAUAGCAAGCACACCUUCGAAUCACGAAGGGUUUUUGUGGAGACCACAUCUGGAACGAUCAAUGGAAUUUACCCUCUGAUGGACUUUUUAGGACUGUCUUCGCAAUCGGGAGAUAUCAAUGUGGGCGUGUUACCAAAAGAGGUACUACCUGAAGCCCCUACCCCAGCAGAUUUGGAGGUUCAGACCGCAACGGGAAGUAUUCAAGUCGACUUACCUAUCGCAAACCAAAACAACCCAGAUUUCAUCCCACCACCACGAAACUACAUCACAAAUGUCCAUUCCAGCUCGGGCACCAUUGAGGGGACAUAUUACCUGGGCUCAUUGGGGAGUUUCAAAAGUACUUCCGCGAGUCUGGAUUUCAACAUCUUACCCAUCGUCACAUCUGGCGACACCGAACAAGUCGAUUUCGUCAGUCGCUUCGAGACGCAUACCGUGAGCGGCACAACGAACAUCACAGUCCUAGAUCCAAUCUUCAUCACCCAUCUCGUCUCACCUACAACCCCAGCCGCUUCUUCUCCCUCAUCAAACCAGGACAACCCCCCAGGGGAUUCCUCACCCUACCUCACUGUCCCCCCAUUACGCGCGCUAUUCGGACACCCUUCCUUCACCCCUCUACCUGAUUCCACAACACCAUCCACAGCAAUGAAAAAGCUCCGUACCCUCCACUCAAAACACUCCUCCAACUCCGCUAACGUCUCAGUCGUCUACCCGAACGUGUGGGAGGGGAGUAUCCAUGCUAAAACCAUCUCGGGGGAUAUCUCGGUUAAGGGGGAGGGAUUGAGAACUAUUAAGGAGAGGACGGGGUACGCGUAUAAGGAAUUCCUUGCGAGGAAGGGGGUUAAUCAUGGUGGGGAGGGGUGUUCGGCGGAGAUGAGUGAUAUUGCUGGGACGUUGAGUUUUAGGGUUUGAAGUUAAGGGAGGUGGGUUGUAGGGAAUGGUUAGGGAUUGAAGAAAUGUGGGGUGGGUGUAUUUCUUCUCACGCGCUUAUGGGUUAGCGAUUGGACCUGGUUUGAUUGGAUUGGGUUGGAUUGGAUUGGAUUGAAGCGUGGUAUAGUACAUGAUUUUUGAUGGCGUUGACUUGCUUACUGGCGUCUUUGGUGUUCAUUGAGCGGUCUUUUACCUUUUUUCGAUCUGUAUAUUUUAUUUUUGGGAUGAGAUCUUGGGAAAGAUAGGGUAUGAUGGAUAUUUAAUGCAGGUUAUUUGGUAAUACUGAGUAUAUGCAGUUGGAAAGGCUCGGUAGCAAUAAGGAUAAGAAUAUAACAUAUGAGAUAUUAGGAUACUGUUCGUUAUAUUGUGAGGGAGGUUUACG